CAUGAAAAUUGAAAAAAUUCAUAAAAAUGAUUCUAUACAACCGGACAUCUAUUUUCAAUUACACCUCAUCCACCUGCGAGCUGACAAAAUAAGGUCUAAAUUGAGAUAAUCAGACUGGUUCCAACUUGCGAAUCAAUCUGGCGGUUUGUUCAAAUUAUAGACUGUCUAUAGUUCAAAUAAAUAUCAACUUCUCCUUCGAAGUUUAAUAAUUAGCAUGGUUAAUUAACAAAAUCCAUUGAAAAAUCCGAGCAGAAAGGUUUUCUAAUUUGUAUUAAUUGUAUUAUUGGACUGGUCAAGGUCAGUACGUUGAUCACUGAUAUGGAUUUCCUGGCUCAAGCGAUGGCUACAGCAGCCGAAACCAAAAUGUUGGAUUUGAAGAGUCGAAUCAUCGACAUCGAGAAGAAAGCAUCAUCGUUGGAUACCGAAGUAAAAGAAUACUUGGAAAGUAACUACGCCAAAUACGCAGUACUUUUACAAGAGAAUCACUUGAUGAUCAAAGCUAAAGAUUUGAUAUUCGAAGUCGACAACCUGAAGACUCGUAUUACUUCUCCGGUUAAACAAGAACUCGACGAAUCAACCAAAGAAGCGAAUACUUUAAUGUCUAAAUUAACAGAAACCAGUACGUGUCUAUCAAUCGUUAAACAACUUCUGGAUAUCGACGAUAUGAUCAAAAGCAUCGAAGAAAACCAAAACACCAACGGUUAUCUAGAAGCUGCGAAAAAGCUCAAAGCUUUGAACGAUCUUCUCCUGACGAACGAACUCGUCCAGAAUUUAGCCGUUUAUAAAUCUCUAAUUAAUUACGUAACGUCGCUUCAAGAUAAGUUUCUCAACGAAAGUCUACUAGUUUGGAAUAAUUUCAUCACGUGGGAUGAAACCGACGUCGAGCUGACGUUGAGUGAAAAUUCUAAACAUUUCACUCUCACGAUUAACAAUCACGAUAGCAAAUCCGACGUUAUACUUGUACUUUUAUACUACGAUUACUUAGACUAUGAAAUCAAGUUGUUGAGUAAAACGUUAUUCGAGAAGUUACUCGAACCAGUCAUCAAAUAUAAAACAAUCCUGAAGAUUAAUUCGAACGAAGGCAUAUCUACCAUAUCGUUGGACUACAAAGAACAAGCUCCAUCUUCCAGUUGCGUCGAAGUUGUCGAUAAAUUAAUGAACAUAUUCAACGUGUUGUUUACCUCGCUCGAUGUGUUUAUUGGCGAAGACGAUACGUUUAUUAAUAAAUUGGGCGAGCUUUUGCAGACUGAGUUUUGCGUCUGUUUUAUUGAUAGCUGUCUCUACGAAGCUAUCCCAACUAAGAAAGAAGAUCUUGGCUCGUUCGUUGAAAUUGUCGAUAAAGUUACCCAGUUCAGUCAAUAUUUGAAAGAUAAUGGUUUCAUCAAAUCGUCCAAUAAUUCUAUCGUAGAGUACGUGAAAAACGUUGAUAAUUUAUUCGUCGCUAAAACUUGUCAAGAUUAUUUGCUCGCAGCUCGUAAAAUCUUGGAUAAAAAUUUACACGAUAUGGUUCACGUUACAACGAACGUUCAUACAAGUGAGGGAAAUCCAAAUGAUUCUGAUUUAAUGCUUUGUGAGAAUAUAUUGCAACGGCCUUCGUGUUACAUUAGUCAAUCUGUUCACGAGUUGAUGCAAUUGGUUCGAAAUGGAUUAACUGAGAUUCAGAAGAAUGAUGAUAAUAACGGCGUCGAGCUAUUUUACACAAUUCGUAAUAUCGUCAGCUUAUAUUGUGAUUUGAUGCCUUUGAAGCACAGCACUCUAUUAAAGUCAAUUCCACAACAAGCUGCUUUAUUUUACAACAACUGUAUGUACCUUGCUCAUGAAUUGGCUCUGUUGGGUAUCGAAUGCAUUGGACUGUUGCAGCAAGAUGUUGUGUUCACAUUUGUAGACUACAUUGAAUCUUUGAGGUCUUUGGGAAACGAUGUUUUCAAUUCGCAAAUCGAUGGGCAGAAAGGACAGCUGUUGGAAAUACUGGAAAGCUCUGGUGUAUCGAGAUUAGCCGAAUAUACAGAAUUUCCAUCAUCGGUAGAGAAAUCGUUGAGUCAAUGUGUAAGGCUAUUGAAUCUGUUGCAAAGCGUUUGGCAAAAUAUACUUCCUGUGAAUGUUUAUUGUAAAACAAUUGGUAUGCUGUGCAAUUGCGUCAUCGAGAAAUUAAUCGACAGCGUUUUAGCUUUAAUCGAUAUCUCAAUGGAUACAGCGAACCAGCUAACUAACGUGUUCACCGUUAUAUUAAAUAAAAUCCCAACUCUUUUUCCAGAUUCCAAAGAAAUAUACCGCCAUGUCAAACGAUGGCCCAAGUUCAGCGAAUUAUUCAAAGUUUUGAACGGAAGCUUGAAAGAUAUCGAUGACAGAUGGGCGGAUGGUAAAGGUCCUUUAGCCCAAGAAUUCACCGCUGAUCAAAUCAAGCAUCUGAUUAGAGCAUUGUUUCAAGCUACCGAUAGACGAAGCGCUUUGUUGUCUAGAAUUAAAUGAGUUAUAUGUACUUUUUGUUGCCCUGAUUUCAGAUUUUUUACGCUGAUAGGAAGUAUGUUCGAUGAUGAUGGUUUGUUGUUUUUUGUUCACUGUUCAGCGAUUUAAAAUUAAAACAUCUUCGUUGAGUAGGAAAUUCACAUCUGUAAUAAAUGUGUGAUAUUUUUAUUUGUAAGCAUAAAUCAAAUCCGUGAUGGAAGAUUGUACGUGAAGAAAAAUGUAGUUGUUGAUUUGUUGUAUCAUGUGUGUAUUUUAUUUUUAUCAAAAUAAAAAUAUGCUGUUGAUCUCGAAUAA